GUUCAGUUCAUUCGCCGAUUUUGAAGAAUGCGGACGUUGACGCUGGUACCGCGUCGUUUUGCCAAAAUAAUUCGUAAAAAAUAUACGCAAAACGCUUAGAAAGUGUCAAUUAACUAAACAUUAGCUAUUGAGCAGUGCAAGUGCAGGAAAAACGAUCGCAGAAAUAGCCGAAAACACAUGAAAGUGCGAAUUGCGGGCUUUUUUGUGGCUGGCACAGAAUGUGUGGCACAAAGCGGAAAGCGCGCUAAUUGAGCGUGCGAGCGCCUGAAACGCAGAGAAAUGUAAAUAAAUAAACGUGUGACGCCGCGACAAUUGUGAAAAGUGCACAAACACGACGUUUGGCAAGUGAAAAGCACUGAAAGCCGAGAGACAAGGAAAACCCAUUUCCGCGCCAAGUGCAAUGGGCGAAGGUGUUCCCAUUUUUCGAGUUCUUAUCGGGCAGCGACUGAAGUAUGAUUGAGUUGGCCUCGCCUCCGAUUCGCGUCUGGUUCUCGUUGCGCUAGGCCGAUACGGAUACCCGCUUGGACUCCACUCGGGUGGACCCUUGUUGGACCUUUAGUGCGAUUUUCGAGGGAGGCCAGGGAAUGGAACAUGCCCGGGGAUAUGCAUAAGAACGUAUCUGUUCAAGUCGAUAGUGAUUUUGCCUUAUUGCUGCCCAGUGGUGUUUAUGAAAUCAAGAAAAUGGAACCGCGCUCCAAAAUCCGAACAAUCAUUGUGUUUUGCCUCUUCCUGGCCAUCGCCGGCAUCAUCGGAUUUGGAUACUUUUGUCAAGAUCAGGUAUGCGCCCUAUCCAAACGUGCCGUCAUACUGCAGUCUUCGGAUAUCCUCGCUUAUAAUGAGCUCCCACUCCAUCAGGCCAACAGCAUUAAUGGCAAUGCGAACGGCAAUAGCAAUGGCAACGGCAACAGUGUGGGCGGAAUCACGGCCAUGGCCUCCAAGUCCUCCGCACCGCAGAACAUCAUCGCCAAUGCAGGGUUGAGUUACGAGGAUGUACUAAACGAUGAUUUCCAGUUCGACAUGGAUGGCCAUGACGUGAUGGUCUUUCUGCACAUCCAAAAGACGGGCGGCACCUCGUUUGGCCGCCAUUUGGUCAGGGAUCUGGAUUUAAAGCGUCCCUGUGAGUGCCAGCGGCAAAGGAAGCGUUGCUACUGCUUCCGACCGCAUCGCAAUGAGAACUGGCUCUUUUCGCGCUACUCGACGGGCUGGAAAUGCGGCCUCCAUGCCGACUGGACCGAGCUGACCAGCUGCGUGGACGUGGAGCUCGACAAGAACGAAGGGGAGACGGCCAAGCGGCGGUACUUUUACAUUUCUCUGCUGCGACAACCCAUUGCUCGCUACAUGUCCGAGUAUCGGCAUGUGCGGCGGGGCGCCACCUGGAAGGGAUCACGCCAUUGGUGCCUGGGCCGCCAGGCCACCGCCGCCGAGCUGCCCGCUUGCUACAAGGGCAAGGACUGGCUGGACGUGGAUCUUGACCAGUUCGCCGGCUGCGAGUCCAAUCUGGCGGCUAACCGCCAGACCCGCAUGCUGGCCGAUCUCGCCCUCGUCGGCUGCUACAACAAGUCUUCGAUGCCCGCUCAUGAGCGGGAUCGCGUGAUGCUGGCCAGCGCAAAGCGCAAUCUGGCCGCCAUGGCCUACUUUGGACUGACUGAAUAUCAAAAGAUGUCCCAGUACAUUUUCGAGGAGACUUUCAACCUGCGUUUCGCCAUUCCCUUCGAGCAGCACAACACCACAAUCUCGGCGACUGCUGUCCAGAAUCUUCGACCCGACCAGAAGCGUCGCAUCGAGAAGCUAAACAGUCUGGACAUUGAGCUGUAUGCCUUUGCCAAGACUUUGCUCUUUCAGCGUUUCGAACAUCUGAAGGCAAAGGACACAAACUUUGAGCAGCGCUACGCCAAUCUGGGCAACAUCUACUUCAAGCAGGGCGUCACGGAAUUCAACUGGGACAGCAACGUGGAGGAUGGGCUCAGCACGGAUCAUUGAACUCGAAACCAAAUAUUACCGAUUAGGAACUAGAUGUAGGACAAACCAACUCAUAAAUAUGUAGCUGGGAAGGGCGGAAUAUGGGGGGGUGGUCACUAAGGUUACCGAUACGCAGAAGCAUCAGCAUAAAAAUCAACCGAAGGACUUUAAACUAGCGAUUAAGCAUAAUGUUAAUUAAGCAGACAAAAAACAUCUAGCGGACUUGGCUUGUUUCAAUCGAACGUAACACAACUAAAGGACAAACGAGCAAAAUCUCAGAGCGUAUAUUAUCUCUAAACCUAAACCUAAGCAAAACUAUAAAAUCUAUGACUAUAACUAUACUCCUUGCUUAAGUCGCGCACCGAAAAUUUUAGAAAAUGUAAAUACUUUGCAUAAAAUGUUUAUUUCUUAAACGCAAGUUCCCUUUUCAAACAUUGUGAGGUGCGAGCCCACUCGAAUUCACUUUUCACCUUCACAACGCACCCACACUACUACACCGCCAUAAAUUAGAUUAAUUAAUUAAUUUGUAAUACGUAGCUUUUCGUUUAUUGUUACGCCAAGUCUCUGCAAAGCCAAAUCCACACUUAGUCUAAGAGCAUAGUGCUUGGAAAAUGUUUUCGAUCCAAUAACGCAUUUAUUUUAUUUUACUACUAGACAUCACUGUAAAUACUGCAGAAUAAAGUUAAACAAAACAAUUGAAUUAAGAGCAAUGAAAUGCAAUUAGUUUCGUUCCCUUUUCACCGAUUGUUUUCGCCAGUUGAAGUGAACGUAUGUAGAUUUGUUAGCUGACAUCAUUAUUUCAGACAAUAACUAAUUGGAGAUUGAUACCAAAAUCGAAAAAGCAAAAUUGAUCAAACAAAGCCAACGAACUACACACAAAGCCAAUUGCCUAAUACAUUAUAUAGAGCAUUUCCCAUAACAGAAGUAAUGUAAAAUAUUUAAAAUAUUGAUUAAUUGCAUUAUAAUCGAUGGGGCACACGCAUGGCCAUUUUAUAUAGCAAGUAUAAAAGAAUACAAUAUUAUUUGCGAUUUCAUGAUUUUGGGAAACAAACAAUUUUGUAGGAAGCAAACACACAAUGGGAAUAUAAUGAAAAUACAAUUGAAAGCAGGAAAAUUUAAUAAAAGAUGAAUUAUUGAAUAU